CAUUGUGAGGAGAUUUUCCCAAUUCUAUCAAAGCUAAAAAUACACCUAAAAAUACACACUGGCGAGAAUCCGUAUUCCUGCUCUGACUGUGGGAAGACUUUCUCCCGAUUGGAUACCUUAAAAACGCAUGAACAUAUACAUACAGGAAAUGAUCUGUAUUCCUGUACUGACUGUGGGAAGACUUUCUCCCGAUUGGAUACCUUAAAAACGCAUGAACGUAUACAUACAGGAGAGGAUCCGUAUUCCUGUACUGACUGUGGGAAGAGCUUCACAACAUCAGGAACUCUGACAAUUCAUCAGAGAGUGCACACUGGAGAGAAGCCUUACUCCUGCUCUGACUGUGGGAAGAGGUUCUCUCAACAGAUCCAUUUACAAAAACACCAACAUAUUCAUACAGGAGAGAAGCCUUACUGCUGCUCUGACUGUGGGAAGAGUUUCACUCAACAGAACCACUUAAAAUGUCACCAGCGAAUACAUACAGGCGAGAAGCCUUACUCCUGCCCUGACUGUGGGAAGAGUUUCAUCCGAUUGGAUAUUUUAAAAUGCCACCAGCGAAUACAUACAGGAGAGAAGCCUUAUUGUUGCUCUGAGUGUGGGAAGAGUUUCUCCCAACUGGGUAACUUAAAAACACACCAACUUAUACAUAAAGGAGAGAAGCCUUACUCCUGCUCUGACUGUGGGAAGUGCUUCACAACAUCAACUGAUGUAAAAGUUCAUAAAAGAGCACACACAGGAGAGAAGCCUUACUACUGCUCUGACUGUGGGAAGAGUUUCUCCAGAUUGUAUACCUUAACAACACACCAACGUAUACAUAAAGGAGAGAAGCCUCAUCAGUUCUCUCAAACCAGCUAAAAUUAAAGUCAUUACAUCACUUAACUCUCCAGAAAUCAUAGUAUACUCUAUUGUAUUCCUGUUGUUUCUCACUGUGAGAAAAGGGAGCGUUAUAGAUUUUUAGCCUCUCUCUACUUUACUGAUCAGUGUGCAUCUUGUCAGUUUUGGUGUAUUUUGUUAGCUUCCACUGUAAAGAUAUUGAGAUGACCUUAGAUUUGCCCUUAGGGUGGAAUACCCUCUAUGAAGCUGGUGGUACUGCUUCCCUCUGCAGUUUUCUGUGGGAAUGAGCUGGUAGACACAACAUGUAUCAGGUAGAGAUGGUGUGAUGAUCAGUUUUCUGUGGGAAUGAGCUGGUAGACACAACAUGUAUCAGAUAGAGAUGGUGUGAUGAUCAGUUUUCACCACUAGUUUGGGGGGGAUUAUUUGAUUUACUAAACAACUAUUUGUUUAAUUAUAUACAGGUUAUGAAACAACUACAUUUUGUUUAUUCAGUUGCACUUUAAAACUAGAUUAGCUAUUUUUGUCAUUGAUGAAUAGGUUUAGAUAGGUUUAGAUCU